AUGGAUUUGGCGUACCUAGCUCAGCAAGGCUCGGGCCAACAGGGUUAUACGACCCGGCAAGGAACCGGGUUUGCGAGGGACAAGGUCGAGAUCACAAGAGGUAUGCUGGUGAAAACGGAUCCGGCCGCGAAACAACUGCUCAUCCACCUCAACAAGAAGCGUGCAGAAGCUGGUCAUGAGCAAUUUAUAGUGGCCGAUCUCGAUGCGGAGCACCUGAUGGUCAAGGCGAACGUCAUGGAGGAGGUCGAGAAAGAGUUCCAGGCUCAGCUGGAAGAGUUCACAUUUCGACAUACCGACGAAGAAGAGGUCAAGAAGGGAAAGACUGCAGCAUAG